CUUGAUGAGAAAUAUCCUCUAAAAUAUAUUGACACUACAUACACACUUCAGCAAGAAAGUUUGGCUAUCAAUGCUAAAUACAUGACAGUGUAUGUGUGAGUGGUAGUCGCUCACAAUGUGGUUAUACAAAUGCCUCAAUGCCAUCAUUGUGUUAGAUAGUGUUGAAACCCUCUCUGUCUGCUCAGUCGUACUUCUUAUUUAAGAAAUAUAUACUUUAAGUUCACUAAGAAUACACUAAACUGACUCUUGCUUAUAUUACAGAAUUAUAUAUUCCUGUCCAUUCAGUUUUAACAAAAUGUUUACUUCAAGCUAUGGAGACAUCAUGAAUUCAACUUUAGAAGUCACAGAUUAUCCUGAAAACUCAAGCACCAAAGGCUAUGACUAUGACUCUGUCACUGAAAGCCCUCCCAGCGAGUCAGUAUCACACUGCAGGGAAACAAUAUGUGUAAUCACUGUUAUUUUAAAAGUGAUUAUUUUCCUGCUUGGUAUCGUUGGAAAUGGAGUGGUGAUCUGGAUUGCUGGUUUUAAGAUGAAGAAGUCAGUUAACACCACCUGGUACCUGAGCCUGGCCUUAUCUGAUUUCAUUUUCUGCAGUACCCUCCCUAUAACCAUUGUCCAUACAGUUACAGACAAGUGGUCAUUUGGUCUCUUCAUGUGCAAGUUCGUAUCCUUUGUAAUGUUCCUCAACAUGUACAGCAGCAUCUUCAUUCUCGUCAUUAUAAGUGUGGACCGUUGUUUGACCGUCAAGUUUCCUGUAUGGGCCCAAAAUCAUCGUUCUAUACUCAAGGCUUCGGUUGUAGUUGCGGUGACUUGGCUCAUGUCGGUUUUGCUUAGUAUACCACCACUGAAAACCAGAAGAAUUGAUAAGACAUCAACGAUAUGUUACAACGAUUACGAGGGAGAUCACAAUCAUCAAACUGUUGUGCUCCUUCGAUUUACUUUGGCGUUUUUAAUCCCAUUGCUCAGUAUUUGUUUCUGCUACUCCAUCUUGAUUUGCAAACUUAGGGCAAACCAAUUAUCCAAAUCCAACAAGCCCUACAAGAUCAUGACACUUUUGAUUGUGACUUUUUUCCUCUGCUGGAUGCCAUUUCAUAUUGUUGCUAUAUUAGAGCUCGGCGCAUCUAAGGGUAGCGAAGCCUUUAAGGCAGCCAUUCAAUCAGCCCAAAAAAUAACGGCUACUCUUGCCAUCUCAAACAGCUGUCUAAACCCAUUCCUAUAUGCAUUUAUGGCCAAGGAUUUAAAGAAGAAAUGCUAUUCGUUCCUGUCAAAGAUUGAAAGUGCCAUCGAUGAGGAGACCCGAAGCGGUUUCAAAGGAACUUCUAUUACCAGUACUGGGGAUAGACUGUCCACUGCUGUCUGAAAAUGUAAACGUUUAUGAUAAUAUGAGACAAAACAGAGCAGUUAUAAAUGGUAUGUAAGCCAAGAUUUUGUAAACUAAAAAUGGAUACAUUUUUCCAACAAACUCAAAUACUUGUAAAACUUGUCACAACACCAUAACAUCACCCCCAAACUAGUAAAUCCCAGAUUGAGGAUGCUCUUGUUUUUUAAAGAUGUACAAAUGUAACAAAAAUGCUAUUUGUGUAUUUACACUUGUGUAUACUGUACAUCCUAUGUAUCCGUCUGCCCGUCUGUCUAAAUAAGAAACAUCUGUCAUUUUUACCCACAUGCUGCCCAAAACAUUAUAAGUAACGUCAUAACAUCAUAAGUUCUUAACUGUUGCUUUAUAAACUCUGUAAUGGGAUUAUUGUAAUUUUAAUGGAGUUUGAAAACCCCUGGUCUAAAGGUGGAAUUUGUAAGAUAUUUGCAGUAAAAUGUCCAAAAACCACUAGGCCAGUGUUAUUUUGUCCAGCUGAUUACUAUCAAUAUCUGUAAUGUUUUCAACUACUUGUAAAUCGUGAGAAAAUUGCCAUUCAAAACAUUGACACGGGGCAGUGCAGUCUCCUGUCAAUGACGUUAAUAUCCAUGUGACCCUUUGUCACCGCCUUUACUGACGUAAAAAACACAUGAC